GGAAUUCGAAACAAUUUUUUUGUCUAACAAUAUUUCAUGCGUUGUGCCCCCAGAAAAUGCGUGGUUCGUCGCACCACAACAAGGCCACUCAUUAUAUUCGUCGAACUUUUGACGCCGACACAAGCUGCACGGAACUAAGGUGAUAGCAUACUCCCGUGGAACCAUAAUCACAGCAAAAUGGCGGAAAGAUAUUACGCUUAGGUUCUUAUCAUUUUUGAGAACUUCGCACCCAGGAUUUGACCGAGAUGGUUGUACCAGUGCAGUGUCAUGCCAAACCGUCGGAGCGCGAUGGAUUGUGUUACAGUGGAAGAAAUGAUAGUGACGCUGUCUUGUACUAGAUGAUCGUAUUCCUCUCGGUAGUUUGUAUUGCAACUCGAAAAUUGACAGGCCCUUCUGCCGAUUCAUUGUUUCGAUCGAGUUAAGCAGCGAGCAAAACGUCAAGAGGAUUACAAUCAUCUAGUAAACCACAGUGAUGUAGGCAGUGCGGAAUCGAUUGAUCUGGUCAUACUUUGACGUACUGUCGAGUGUGCGUACGCGUGUGUAUGUGUUCAUCGGAAUGCGUGUGGAUCUGUGCCUGUAAGGAACACUCUGUCCUGGGAUCCAGGGCAAUAUCAAUACGAUGUCUGGAUGUCGUGUUUUUGGUGUUGUUUGUCUUCGGCACUGAGCUAAGUUGUAAUUGACCUAGAGAGACACAUAAAGUGCUUGAAAUAUCUUCCCGUGCCGUUUUUCAUUUCAUUUCUAAAGAAUCCACAGGAUCACAAACUGAAUUCCUUGUCCGACUGAAGAUUGACCACGCAACUGGAUGGUACAGAUUGGAUUAUCCGUGCGCUGGUAGUUCUGUCUUUCCCGUUGUUCUUGCAACAGUGGGAAUAAGAUUUGGAUGGCCAGAGAAUCUACGGAGUUGUUCAGUAUAGCUGUAAAUGCACAUCCAUUUUACUGGCGAAGAGUAGAAGAAGCUGCACUGAGAUUAUGUUAUGAAUUGAUUACAAGUACUGUGCCAGGACAUCAGUUCUUCCGUUUGGGUUCCAGGCACUUGUGCGUGCGAGAGAAGGGACGACAAUACGAAUCACCCAGAGCUACAGGGUCCAAAAAUGCGGUCAAGGACCAUACACCCAGCUUAUCAUAAUCACUCGUUUCGAUGUAGCCGUACGAACGCUUUGUUCAUAAUUAUUCAAACGAAAACAGUACACAAUACCGGCAAUAACUACGAAAGCCACACCACUCAAUAUUACUAGUAUUACUAGAACAGUAGCAGUACCAACAAUAGAAAGCGACUGUCGUCGCAACCUCAACUAUCACGGUUCCAAGCACCACAGGGUUUUGUUGUACUGUUGCACUGGCAUUGGCUGGCAUUUGGAAAAGAAACGCGAUCUACGGUACCGUACGGCAGGAAUCACUGCGGUACGUUAGAUAAAUAACUUGGGUCAUACGAAGUGGAAGUACUACCGUACGAACGACUGCGGUAACGUUCUUCUAUUACUGUACGUACAUACGAUACUUUGUACUUUACUUCGCUUCGUUGAGUUGUUCGUACCGUACGGUACGUACCAGUAAAAAAAUUCGAUUGCCGUUGAUAGUACAAAUGUACGCAGGAGUAGUAGUGAACAGCAGUAGCGAUCUGACCUGAACAAAGAUUCAUACGGUAUUGUACGGUAGGUAUGGUAGGAGGUGCGCAAAUAAUAAAAAAGUACAGUACAGUAGUGUACGUACCGGUACUGUAGUCGGAAUAUGACGACAUCAUCAUCUUCAGUCCAGUACGUACGGACCCUACCCUACCCCAGGGGUUGACCCCUGCCCUACCCAACGUACCCGUACUGCAAAGAAAUCAACGAUGCAAAAAAGAGAAUCCAAACAAAACCAUGGAUUGUUGCAAUUUUUGCAUACUUAUAAUAUAUAUUAAAGAUAUGAACUAGGAGGGUACAAGCCUCUCAAGCCUCUCAAUUAUCAAAAGAAUCAUCGGGGGACAACUUUUUUUCAAGUGACUAAUGCGAACAUCAAAAGGAAACCUCAGCGCAACACAACUGAAGAAGGAAAAUACUUUCUGUAAAUGCUUUGUUUGGUAGUGCAACCUAGUGCGUUCCCCAUCAGAAUUACAACAGCAAGAGGAACACAACACAGCAACAAAAAAGGCCAGACGAAACUUUCAGUGGUCGUUAAUUGAGUCUAUUGCAGCAUAGCAGCAACAUCAACCAACACCUUGGUCUUCGACUUCUUCACAUAGGAUUUCUGCUUUUUUGUGUCAAAGUCGAAACGACAAUCACAAGACCUUUCUUGAAUUCAAUUGCCUUCUAAUAUUGAUUUAUUGGGAUACAUGUCAUUCGUUCGUGCCGUUCAACUGCGAGUGCCGGCGGCAGGUGAGUUUGUGUUCUUUGUGGCUAGGUUCUGGUUCGACUCAACUCGACUUUUAUGAAGCACAAGCGCAAAAGCGCCAAUUGUAAAUGAUUGCUGGUCCGCAUUACUGCAUUACGCAAUCACGAUCUGGUCUUGCAUGGUAUUGAUUGUGUUAGACCAUGUGUGUGUCUGGACGAAUUGAGGUAUUGUUCGUCUUCUGCAGGAUUAAUCUAUUCCUCAUAUUGAUGCUUCACCGGUUUCUCGCGCUCUUUCUUGUGGGAAAUGGUCGAUGUGAAAUCACGUUGCACAAUCAACUAUGAUUUUGUGAAUCGAAAUUCGUGCACCACUCACUAAUGCAGCCGCCAAACCCGGUCCGGCCAUCGGUCAGGCCCUCGGUCCGCUCGGAAUCAACAUGGCCCAGUUCUGCAAGGACUUCAACGAGAAGUCGGGAGAAAUUUACGAAACGAACACCCCGCUUCGGGUUGAGCUCAGGGCAAUGUCAGACCGGUCUUACACCUUUUCGAUUCGAAGCCCACCGACGGCUUGGCUGGUUAAGAGGGCCGCGGGGAUCGACAAGGGACCCAACAAACCCAACAUGUCCGAGCAACCCUUUGGGUAUAUUACGCCAGAGAUGGUCCACGAAAUUGCGCUAAUCAAACAGGGAGACGACAACACGUGGCAUCUGCCGCUGGAGGGGAUCGCCCGGCAGGUCGUAGGUACAGCACGAAGCAUUGGAAUCAAAGUAGCAGAAGAGGAAGAUUUACCCGAAUAAAUUAAAGCUACGAAGUCAACAAAAGCAGACAUAUAAUGAUAUUUUGUGUACUUGCAAAGUCAGUCGAUUUUCAAUUAAUUUUAUCAACGUCAUCCUGGCUGUUGAAGCUUGUAAAAUGAGAAACAAAUGCAUGACUCUUAAUGCUUUGAACUGAUUCUCAUCGAAAAGUAUAUUGAUUGGAAGAAAGAGCGAGAUGCAGAACGAUCGAAAGUUAACAAGGUUACAAAAAUGCAGAAGCGAUGUGAAAAAUUAGGUUGUUGCUGAAAGUGCCCCUAAUACGAUAUUUUCUAGUAAUUGAAUCCGAACGACACUAUCGUAAUAUCCACAAUGCGGGGAGAAGUUAAACAUCAAAACCAGCUGAAUGACUUGAAGGUGAACAACGGGGAGAAGUUAAACAUCAAAAGCAGCUGAAUGACUUGAAGGUGAAUAAUAACAAAUAAGAUAG